GUUAAAUUUAUGGUCAGUCAAACGUCGUAAACCUUGUGGGAACGUUUAAAUGGGACGGAGGGAGUAUUAAAUUAAUAGGGAUUUCCAAAAAUGUGAUCACUUUUACGUUUGGACAAAAAUGUGACUAAAAUAAAGUGACAACCAUAUGUUCAUGUCACUGCCUCAUUUUCGUGUCACUAUCGGAUGUCACUGUUGACAUCAUUGCAUGUGUCACUGCAACUGCCACCGUCAUGUCACCGCCGCCGACCAUAGUGAUACCACCACAGUGACAUCGCUACAAUGACAUUGUCACAGUGACACCACCAAUCACCACCCCCGAUCAAUAAAUGUCGCCGUACACCGGCCCCAACCCUCACCCGCCUCACGGAUGACCCACAACUGCCCCCGAACUCGCCCCUAGCCCUAUGCACCAGCUCCCCAGCCCCCAAAUGGCCAAAUCCCUCCCCGGCUCCGCUCCUUCUUCCCCUGUCCCCCACCACCACCAACCUCACCCUAACCUAGGCCCCCAGUCCCAUAGCACUCUCCACACCCCACAGCACCCUCCACAAGACUGUGUAGAGGACAAUAACAGGUGCCUUCAAGCCUUUUGUCUUCAUUUGAGGGAAGCAGGAAGCUCGGAAUACGACCACCGCACCUCCGCCAUCAGCGGCGGCCCCCAAAUCGAAGUUAUCAUCAUGGCGGAUCUGGAACCGGAGGCCACAAAUCAGAGUCGUCUCCCAUUGAGGAAGGCGGAUUCGGAACUGGCGGCCUCAAAUCGAAGUCGUCGUCCAUGGGAAGGGAGGACAGCGAAAAAAACGGAGAAGCUAGUCGGUGUUGCUGACGUCGACGAAGCUGAGGGCGGAGGUUUAAGAUCCUAGGUCGGCGAAGGUUGAUUGCGGCGGAAAUAGAAGCUCGGCGAGGUCGGUUGUGAUGAAGGCUGAGGAGUUAGGGUGGAAGAGAGAAGAUAAGCGGAAGGCAGGGUUGCGUUUGUGGAAGAAAGCAGGGCUACGUUUGUGGAAGAGGGCACAUGAAGCGGAAGAGAUGAGAUAAAGCUCCAGCGUCUCACUUUUAUGUUUUUUUUUGGUAUUGGCCACAUUUUUGUGUAAUAGAAUCUGAGUGAUAAUAUUAGUGUCAUUCUUUUAAGAAAGAUUAUCUAGGAAAUUAGGAAUGAUUCUACACAACCGAUUGUAAUAAUAAAAACUAUUUUGGGAUGUUUUUUUUUUUGCCUUUUUAGAAAUUAACCUUCGAAUA